AUGGGCAAAGCAGUGGCACGGCAAGCAAUUCGCCGGCGAGUGAGAAAGCAGGUGCAGAGGAAGCGGCGCGUGGCCGACAUCUAUAUCGGCAACCUGGCUCUGGCCGACUUGGUCAUCUCGGUCACGCUGCCCUUUGGGGUGGUGUGCGUAGCCAUGGAUCAACACUGGCCCUUUGGGGCGGCCCUGUGCAAGAUCAUCAGCUAUGUGGAGACCCUCAGUACGUUCGCCAGCAUCUUCCUCCUCACCAGCAUUAGCUUCGACCGUUACCAGGCCAUCGUGCAUUCACUGCCCAGCAACCAUUUGUGCACCGGCGGCCACAUCGGCGCCUCCCUCUUUGCCGCCUGGACGCUGUCGGGCCUCCUGUCUGUUCCUGCCCUCGUGUUCCGCACCACCCAGCAAGACCUGAGUAGCAACAGAACUUUCUGCACCCUGGACUUCAGCCUGGUUGUGAGUAACAGGCAUCAGGAGAGCCAGUGGUUCAGCGGGUUGAACUUGUCGAUGUGCACCCUGGGGUUUUUACUCCCCUUACUGGCCAUGAUGGUGUGCUACGGGUUGAUCGGCUGGACCGUGAUGCGCCACUUCCACAUCUGGCGCAAGGAGGACCAACGCAAGUGGCGACUCUUGAAGAUCACCAUCACGGUGGUUGUGGUCUUCGUCGCCUGCUGGAUCCCUUACCAUGUGGUGAUAAGCACGGGCGCCAUGUACGAACUGCACCUGAUCCCGAUCACCUGUGCUUUCGAGCGCUUCCUGUUGCUGGUCAGCCCGUACACCGUCUGCCUGGCCUACAUCAACAGCUGUCUCAACCCCUUCCUCAAUGCCUUCUUUGACCUGCAUUUCAGGUCGCAUUGCCUGGGCCUUCUUCACCUCAAGAAGUUCCGCCAGACACCGACGAAGGUGUAGCACGCCCGGAGGACUCAAUAAACACGAGGUGCUUACUUCCACAUUAUUGACCUACUAACAAUUGGAGAAUUUUCAAAGGACCAAAUGUGAAGUAGAGUUUGUAGAAUGCAGGGACAUGCGUUUUUUUUUCCCAUUCUUGUUCUCUGGUCUUUGCUUGGUAUAAGAUUUCUUUUUUUAAUCCAAUAAUGUCCGUGAUGUCGUCAUUAAAAGUGGCAAAUUUGCAAUUUGCAUAUUUCCUCUUCAAAUGCAUAGAUGAGAUGGGAAGUGUGUCAACAAGCAACCAGCCUCACCUCAAAUUGCAAAGUUGGUAAUAGAAAGCAGAAAUAGCACACAUCAACAGCACCAUGUGUUGUAACUGAAUGAAAAAGUUCAUGAACCUGUUCAUAAUUUAGGCGAACAUAAACAGAAUGUAGUGUAUUUUGGCCUUAUGAACAGUUUUGCAAAGACGCUCAUUCUGGCGCCGCUGAGCGGUUUUUUGAAUGGCAGUUCAUUUAAAUUCAAGAGUACCAUGAUUUGUUAGACUUCCAGGAGGAAAUCUGGCUUCAUUUGAAAUUAGUCAUGACGGAUAUACCCCUUGAGAUGAAUCAUCUCUUUUUCGAGGGGGUUCAACAUACAAAAUCAAUGAACGUAACAUGAAGACAUCACAAGCAAAACAUCACUGCCCACAGUUAGCCACGUACAGACAAAAAUUACAAAAUGCCAAUCCAAACAAAUUGUGUGCUUAUGUAAAAAUAAGUAAAUAGAUCAUACAUGCACAGGUUACAAUAACCAUAACAGAAUAAAUAAUUGUAGGUAAUUUAUUCGAUAUGUAAGUGGUAAAAUACUGUAUAUGUAUGUACACGAACAAGCAAAAAAAUCUCUCUCC